GGAACGUGAGUCGCGAUCCUGGAUCCAGGCGGCGGCGCGCGCUGGCCCUCGCGCUGCACGGGACAGGAGGGCUGGGCCACCGGCGAGAUGAGAGGAAAGGCUGGAUUUUAAGGCGGGGGCGGCUCCCAGAGACAAGCGCUCGGGUUGGAAGGUGGCAUGGGUGCCGGGUCGGCGAGUGCACCUUAUUCUGCACCCCUGCGCCCGCCUCGGGAACUGCACGCGGCACCCCCGCCUCCGCCUCCCACGCAGACGGUAGUACAGCCUGCAGGGCUCCCCCGGCGGACGAGGCUAAUGGUUCGUUCCGCCCCGCCCACACAGAGGCCGCCCACUGGCUCCUGCAGCGUUUCAGGACUCCUCCAUCCCACCAGCUACAGGAAGGGGCUUGGCCUCCGCCCUCUGACUCUCUUAAGGGUAGGGCGCGUUGUCUUCAGUUCUGACCCUGCACGCAGACCCAGACUGGGUUCCAGUCUCUGCCCUUGGACUUGUCCCUAGGAAGCCAGCCAGCCUCUGUCUUCAGACCUGGGGAGAAGUCUCUAACUCUGCUCCCAGACUCUGAAAAGGGCUUCUUCAGCUUCUCUCCCUCCCCUACAUCUCAAGACACUCUUAACCCAGGAUGCAGGACAGACACACAGACGCUCAAUGAGGGUCAAAGAUCUUUAAAUAAGGAGCGGGUGACAAUAAAUACUGUACAGGGGAGGGGAUGAGGGUCCAGAUGUACGGUUUCAGCCUCGAGACUCCAACGACCUGCAAGAAGGGUGAAGAGAUGGGAGCCAGGCUCAGGGGAGGGGGCCUGGGGAGGUAUGGGACAGAGCCAGGUCUGGGGUUCCAGAGCCAAGGGCCCAGGGAAGUGGGUGGAGGGAUUCCAGAGAGAGGAGGCUCCAGAUCUUGGGAUAGGAGUGAGCUAGGAGUCCCCAAGGGAUUUAGCCAGAACAGCUUGGGGUAAGAACAUGGGUCAGAGGUCAAGGGUCAGAAUCCCAGGGGAGAGGAGCCAGGGCUGGCAAUCAAGGUCCCAGAAAUCACUGGCCGGGUUUGGGAGUCUGGAGAUAAGGGAGGCGGUGGAGACCCCAGGGGUGUGGUGGCAA